AGCCGGUUACUGAAAAUGUAAAUAUAUUAUAUAAAUAACUCAGAUCCUGCCCAAGGCAGCCUACUUUUUUGUCGGAUACUAGAAAAUGUGCCAAAAUGUAAAACUGAAACCUCAUUUCUUUACGUGGAAUUUGUAAAUAUUUCGGGCUCUUCAAAUUUCCUUCAAAGUGGUAUAAAAUGUCAAUCCAAAGGUGUGUUUCUUAUUCUCUAAGAUUAAUCUACUACCCUCUAAUUGAAAGUCGAAUAAUUCUUCCCUUUAUCGGCUUCAACAAAUUCUCGUUUUCUUUAUAAAAGUGUAACAAGACCUAACCUCAAAAAUUUUCCAGCAAUUCACUAUUUUGGAAGUAGGAAGGAAUCGCGAUGGCUGAUGAGAUAGAGUUCAAGAAUAAGUAUGAGGCAAAAAACAAAGUACUCGCUUCUGGCAACGUAAUUGGAAAGUUUCAAUUGAAAGAUAGUAUUAUUAGGGAUUAAUAUGAAGACUCAAGACUUGAAAAUCUAGCGAAAAUCAUGUUGAAACGAAUUCUGUACAUAAACUUUGCUACCAUCGGCUCAAAAAUUGUGGGCUUUCUGGCACCAUUACUUAUUCCACCUCUGCAUAUUGCCUUUCUCUACUAUUUCUGGCAAGAUUUCGCCCGAGAUGUUGAUAAGCAGUAUUGUUCCUGUUCCUGCUGGGACACUGUUUUCAAAGGUUCAUACGAAUCAGGAAUUGCUUCCUACAAGCACAUGUACUUCAAUGCGACAUCGAAUACUUUAAAAAUAUGGAUGUCAGUAGUGUUUGGCGUGAUUUUGUUUUACGAAACAGUGAAAUAUUUAACGUGGCUCGCUUUUCAAAACCGACUACGAACGAGCAUGUUAAUUCUCUUCCUGUCUGCUGUCUUCUCCCACUAUUACUCGUGGUGGGUGUACAUUAAUUACUGGAACGACGACUUCUAUUCUCAAUGGUAUCACCAGCUCUUUUUCUCCCUUACGGAGCUGAUAUCAACCAUUCUUGUGAUACACUUGGCCGACGAUAAGAAUCCGGUCACACAUCGAAAAGCAUUUGGGAUAAGCGCUAUCGCGCUUUUGCACAUUCUGGCUGGUGGCUGGGACCAAUUUGUCACCAAUGUCGUCCGGGGAGAAGGCUACGCACAUCAGGUCGUUCGCGAUCUCGGCUUCAUGAUCCCUGACAUUCUCCACGUGAUCAUACCUUUGUGGUCGCUACGAUGGAGAUCCAUCUACAGUCUUCCCGGAGCUGGUCUACGUGAUCCCGAUAUCAAACGUGAUCUCAGUUUUAUGUUGGGGAUGAUAUUGGUCGGAUUGUUUGUUUGUGCCAUUGUGUAAUGUUUCUUCACAUCGAUUUAAUUACGUUUUAAUUUCACUUUUAAAUUUAAUAAUUUCGCAAUUUUCCAUUUUUUUUUUUUUUGUCUCAUAGAUCGUAUUUACAGUUAUUGUUUAUUAUCAAGUGAUGUAAUCGAGACCUGGCGGGGCUAAAGUUCUUUUUUAAAUCAAGUGAAUUUCGAGUCAUGCGGAAAAUUUUUCCAGUUGUAGUUAUCCAUAAACUACGUUAGAAAUUUGGUUUUUUUCGAUUCGCCAAUUCUUUUUUAUUGAAAUUAAUGCAGAUAAAAUAUUGCAUUUUUAU